UCUGCUUCGAAAGGUUCGGCACUGCUUCGAGCCGCGCGCUUCAUCCCUCCUCCAGACUGCGGCGGUCUCAGAGCUGGUUCGGAAAUGGCGGAGGGGGAGCUGGACGUCGACUCGCUCAUUUCCAGGCUGUUAGAGGUGCGAGGAUGUCGUCCGGGAAAGAUUGUCCAGAUGACAGAGGCUGAGGUUCGUGGCCUGUGCAUUAAAUCUCGGGAGAUCUUCCUCAGUCAGCCAAUCCUGCUGGAGCUGGAGGCUCCACUCAAAAUCUGUGGCGAUAUCCACGGACAGUACACAGACCUACUGAGGCUCUUCGAGUACGGUGGUUUCCCGCCGGAGGCCAACUAUUUGUUUCUGGGUGACUACGUGGACAGAGGGAAGCAGUCCCUGGAAACUAUCUGCCUUCUGCUGGCAUACAAGAUCAAAUACCCAGAGAACUUCUUCCUACUCAGGGGAAACCACGAGUGCGCUUCCAUCAACCGGAUCUACGGCUUCUACGACGAGUGUAAACGCAGAUUCAACAUAAAGUUGUGGAAAACCUUCACUGACUGCUUCAACUGCCUGCCCAUCGCUGCCAUCGUGGACGAGAAGAUCUUUUGCUGUCAUGGAGGUCUCUCUCCAGACCUGCAGUCCAUGGAACAGAUCAGACGCAUCAUGAGACCCACAGAUGUGCCUGACACAGGCCUCCUGUGUGACCUGCUGUGGUCAGACCCAGAUAAAGAUGUUCAAGGCUGGGGCGAAAAUGACCGCGGCGUCUCCUUCACCUUCGGUGCCGAUGUGGUCAGCAAGUUCCUGAACCGCCACGACCUGGACCUGAUCUGUCGAGCCCACCAGGUGGUAGAAGAUGGUUAUGAGUUCUUUGCCAAGCGGCAGCUGGUGACACUGUUCUCGGCCCCCAACUACUGCGGCGAAUUUGACAACGCUGGCGGCAUGAUGAGCGUGGAUGAAACUCUAAUGUGCUCCUUCCAGAUCCUGAAGCCAUCUGAGAAGAAAGCAAAGUACCAGUAUGGAGGUUUGAACUCCGGCCGGCCCGUAACUCCGCCCCGCACAGCACAAACUCCAAAGAAACGAUGAACAACUCAAAUCAGGAUUCUGAACAUUUGGUUAUCGGCUUUUCACAAACACAUUAAAACAACGUAGAACUCUAAUAUAUUUACACACACACACAAACCUGCCUUUACUUCGUUUCCGGUCACUCUUGUCUCUGUGCUUUUUUUUUUUUGUUUUUUUCUGCAUCUGUUGUAACGUUGACAUGUUUGAGAAUAAGUGUUACAAAAAAAAGUGAAAAUAAGAUGAGUGUUUGCAGUUUGUUUUUCUCCCCAUCUUCCAAUAACAGGUGGACUGUUUUUUUUUUGUUUUUUUGGGGGGGUUUACUUCACCUGUACAGACAAACAGGUAUUAACUGCUGGGUUUUUCAAUAAAUACAGGGAAGAAAUCCA